UAACCAACCCUUGCUUCUACACGAGUCCUGCGGAGGUAAACACGCGCAACAUUGAAUAUGGAGAGUCUCAGGGCCACACAGGCUGACGAUGCAGUCUGGGACGCUGACGGCCAGGACGAGACACCAGAGUUCAGCCAAUUUACAGUCCGAAGGGACGUCGAACACUUGCGGCGACUUUCUACAUUGCAGGGCGAUGUGACUACUGUCAGCGAGCUCGAUGCCUCGGUGUCGACUCUUGACCUCAAUGAUGACACUGGCCCUCCGGACGUGGAUUUGGAGUCACCAUUCCCUCAAUUCCACACUCCAAUCAGUCCAUCAUUAUCAGUUGUCGAGCCCGGGUUCUCAGAUGAAGCAGAUUCGAAUCCCUCCGUCGACGGCGAUGCACAUACAGCCUCAUUUGAACAUCUUCCUGGAGAAACAAAUGCUACUUACCCAGCAGUCCACAUCGACAUCUCUCAACCACCUCUAACGCGUGUGUCUGUAACGACCGAAGAUGGCAGCAUUCACCCCGACCAACCCAUAUCGAAAGGCAAUGAACCCGACAGUUUCACCAUGGCCAGGCCUGUAUAUCCGGAGUCAGCCAAGCCCACUUCUUCUUCAUCUACCUCGCAGUUGCCUCCCUCUUCAUCACAGGGCAGUCAUAAACCGUCACGAGCCGUGGGACCAAGCGUGUUUCAGAAAGUAGUAAGUAAGACAAGACCCCAUUUUCUUCCUCCCAAAAGCCGGGAAGAGGAUCGAAAACAUCUGGCUGAUUGGGAGGCUAUGAUGAAAGAGAGUCGCGCAGCAGAAGAACGGCGCCGCAAGGGCCUUCAGCAACGUAGAAUGGCGCGCGAGUUGAACAUCGAAAAGUCAAUGCAUAUAUGGGAGAAGGACAUUCUACCGGACUGGCGUGUGGUCCAUCGGGAUCCCACCCUUCGAAAGCUCUGGUGGAAUGGCGUUCCGACUAAAUUGCGCUGCGUGAUGUGGGAGCGUGCUAUCGGUAACACGCUUGCUCUGAGCAGAGACAGUUACCGUAGCUGCCUUUCCCGGGCAAGGCGCACCCUAUCCUCUGGUGUUUUUCCUUCGGACAUCCUCCAGGAAAUGGAGGAGGAUAUUGUCACAACACUUCCCGCCCUUCAUAUCUUUCACCCGGAUAGUGGUGCUCUGUACCAAGAGUUGAAAGACGUGUUAUGUGCAUGGGUCAUCUCGCGUGCAGACGAAGGGCUAGGCUAUACACGCGGUAUUUCAAAACUAGCUGCCAUGAUACUUGUUAAUGUUCCUACACCGCAAGCUUUCGUUGCCUUGAGGAACCUUUUGGAGAGGCAUUGUCUGAGAGCCUUUUAUGGUGGUACAGGAACGAAAGAUGAUGUUGAGGCAUAUUAUCGAAUUUUCGACACACUGCUGGCAGACAGUAUGCCCAAGAUCUACUUUAAUUUCAAACAGCAUCAAAUAUCCCCCGCUGCAUAUUUGCCCGACUGGUUGGCACCACUCUUUCUGGACCAUCUUCCUUUCGAAGCCUGCGCGCGGUUAUGGGAUGUGAUUUUGCUUGAAGGCGAUUCCUUCCUUUUUCGGGCUGCGCUUGCAAUACUGGCCGUAUUAGAACCACGACUGUCCUUUCCUGACAGAGACGAGCUCCUCCAACUUCUGAAGGGCCAGAAUAAGGCUGCCAUAGAAGUAGCUAAACGCGAAGGUCGGCCGCUAAAUGGAGGCAAAUACGAAAUUUAUGGUGUCGACGAAGAAACGCUGUGGGAUCGGAUUGACAGUAUGGAAGACUGGUGGAGGGAGUCCACGUGGAGGAGGUUAACCCAGAGAGAGCUACCGGACUUGUGACUGUGGAGAUGUAUUGG